UGUAACGUCAAUCGUCGUUACACGCCGUAUGUUCCUCAAAGUAGUUAUACGCCAUCCAUUCCUCAAAGUUAUACACCAUCCGUUUCUCGAGAUAAAACUGUUUCGUGCAAGAAACAACAUGAUGCUUCCGAUAAACCUUGCUACACGCCUCGUAUCAUGAGCAGGAGAUUCGCCCUGACAUCCACUGAAUACAAAUACUUGGAUGUUGGAAUCUGCGUGGUAUCUGGUGCAUCCUAUGUGGACAUCAUUCUCGGCGACAAUCGCGGAAAUCGGAUGGUGUUAGAUUAUUCAAUGUGGACGGAAUUGAACAAGAAACGCGUAGAAAUUGAGCAGCUCUUGAAAACAGCAGAUGCGUCAUCGCCAUCAUCCUCGAUGCAUAUUAACGAUUUAGUCUUAGAACUCGUCACAAUGUACGGCGGAAAAAUUGUAAAGCUAACAUUUAACAAUACUUGCAUGUAUAUGAAAGUAUCAACCGUAUUAUUUUUAUUCCAACUCGAACAUUGUGUCGAGCACGUAUAUCGCAAACUGUGUGACAUGUUAAGCGAAAUAGAUCAAAGCUUCGAUCAACUUGUGAGCUGCUUACGUGGCAAUUUGAUCGGUGUCGAAAAAGAUGAUGCAGUUAGAAUGCUGCACAACUGGUAUGACAAAUCUUCGACCAUAGAUUGUGAACUAAUAGCAUAUGUCGUAGAUGAAAUUAUUGCUGAGGCUUUUAAACGAGAUGAGGACGAUAAAUUUAUAAUUGAAAAUAACUUUUAAACGAGAUGAGAACGAUAAAUUUAUAAUUGAAAAUAA